AUGGUAAAACAUACAUUCAUAGCGCUAGCUGAACAUGCAGGUAAACUAAGAAAAUCCAUUUUACCUGUAAAAUUGACAUACAAAAAUAUGCUGCGAGACCCAUCAGUAAAAUAUAGGCCGUUUGUGCCGCCAAAAAUGACCAAAAGAAUCUGGCCUGACAAAACCAUUCAAAAGGCCCCGCGUUGGUUGUCUACUGAUUUGCGAGAUGGUAAUCAAUCUUUGCCAGACCCAAUGUCUGUGGCCCAGAAAAAAGAAUAUUUCCACAAACUGAUCAAUAUUGGUUUCAAAGAAAUCGAGGUUUCCUUCCCAUCUGCAUCUCAAACCGACUUCGAUUUCACCAGGUAUGCUGUAGAAAACGCUCCGGAUGACGUUAGCAUCCAAUGCCUUGUUCAAUCCAGAGAACAUCUGAUCAAGAGAACAGUGGAAGCGCUAACCGGUGCCAAGAGAGCUACUAUACAUACCUACUUGGCAACAAGUGAUAUGUUCCGUGAAAUUGUAUUCAAUAUGUCUAGAGAAGAAGCCAUUUCAAAAGCGGUCGAGGCCACCAAGCUGGUUAAAAAGCUAACUAAAGAUGAUCCCUCACAACAAGCUACUCGUUGGUCCUAUGAAUUCUCUCCCGAAUGUUUCAGUGAUACUCCAGGUGAAUUUGCCGUGGAGAUUUGUGAGGCCGUCAAGAAAGCUUGGGAACCCACCGAGGACAACCCAAUCAUAUUCAAUUUACCUGCCACUGUAGAAGCUUCCUCUCCAAACGUGUAUGCUGACCAAAUCGAAUACUUUGCUACUCAUAUCACUGAACGAGAAAAAGUUUGUAUCGCCACGCAUUGUCAUAAUGAUCGUGGUUGCGGUGUCGCCGCCACGGAAUUAGGCAUGCUUGCCGGUGCUGAUCGUGUAGAAGGUUGUCUUUUUGGUAACGGUGAACGUACAGGUAAUGUUGAUUUGGUCACCGUGGCCAUGAAUAUGUACACCCAAGGUGUUUCAUCUAAUUUAGAUUUUUCAGAUUUAACUUCAAUUUCUGAAGUUGUCCAGCGCUGUAACAAGAUUCCAAUCUCUCCAAGAGCCCCAUACGGUGGUGAAUUAGUUGUUUCUGCCUUUUCUGGCUCCCAUCAAGAUGCAAUCAAGAAGGGAUUUGCUAUUCAAAGCAAGAAACAAGCGCAGGGCGAAACGCAGUGGAGAAUUCCAUACUUGCCAUUGGAUCCAAAAGAUAUUGGCCGUGAUUACGAAGCUGUUAUCAGAGUGAACUCUCAAUCUGGUAAGGGUGGCGCCGCCUGGGUUAUUUUGAGAUCUCUAGGACUAGAUGUACCAAGACCCAUGCAAGUCGAAUUUUCUAACACUCUUCAAAAAAACGCCGAUGCAUUGGGAAGAGAAUUAAAAUCUGAAGAAAUCACAAAAUUAUUCAAGGAAACUUACAAUUACAACAAUGAUGAACACAUAUACGUCACUUUAUUGAAUUACCAAGUUGAAAAAUUGAACUCUGAACGUAGGGCAUUAGCUGGUCAAGUAGAAGUCAAUGACAAAGUUGUUAACAUCGAAGGCUACGGUAAUGGCCCGAUUUCUUCCCUAGUAGAUGCAUUAUCCAACUUAUUGAAUGUUAAACUGAGUGUUGAAAGCUAUUGUGAGCAUUCUCUAGGUUCUGGCUCCGCAACUAAAGCUGCAUCCUUCAUAAACCUUUCUUAUAUAAGGAAUAACGAUCACGCUACUAGCAACAUGUGGGGCAUUGGUGUCUCCGAAGACACUGGAGAUGCUUCAAUCAGGGCAGUAUUUGCUACCGUGAAUAACAUCAUUCAUUCUGGUGAUGUUUCAUUGGCAAAACAAUAA